AUGGAAACCGAUGAGGAAGGGGCGCGGGAAGGGAAGGGAGGAGGAGCCGAGCUCUCCAUCUCCCUCCAUCCUCUUGUGGUCAUCAAUAUCGCUGAUCACUCCAUGAGGAAGCGAGCUCAACAGGGAAAUGUCCCACAGAGGGUCCUGGGGAUCCUUCUUGGAGUGCAGGAGGGCAGGAACGUUGAGUUAUGUAAUUCUUUCGAGCUCGAUUACAACACCAACGGGGAAAAACUACAAAUAGACAUGGAGUUUCUCAACAUCAAGCAAGAACAAUACAAGAAGGUCUUCCCCAAGUAUGAGAUGCUGGGCUGGUAUAGCAACUCCACACAGGCAAGCAUCCAGCCAGAUGUUUUUCGGUCUUCUGCCCCGCAGAUCGGCUCCAUCAUAGAAAAUCCCCUUUACCUCAUCCUCGACACUUCUGAAGGAGCGGGCAUUAGGGACCUCCCUGUUCAUAUCCUCGAGUCUGAGGUUCACAUCAUCGACGACGUUCCAGCCCUCACGUUCGCCCGGAGCACGUAUCACCUCGAGACAGAGGAGGCGGAGAGGGUGUCUGUCGAUCAGGCAAGGACUGCACGUGCCGGAACCCGCAGCUCACUCCUGCCCAGUCCUGAUCAUGGCUCGACCUCUCUAGUGCACUCUGCGGUGACGAUGCUCCAGAAGCGUGUACAAUGCAUCCUCUCUCUGUUGCAGGCGAUGGAGAAGGGUGAAGUCAAGAAAGACCACAGACUGCUCCGACAGGUUGCGAGCUUGUGCCAGCGGUUGCCUGCUACGGAUACCCCAGACUUCAAAGAAGACUUGCUGCAGCUUCACAACGACACCAUGCUUGUGACAUACCUAGCGACUAUGACGAAGGGCACGAAUUCUAUCAAUGAGCUGAUUGACAAGGUAAUCCUUUGA